CGCCCGAUCUCCGUAAAGGAAAGUUGUGCUCUUUUGACUUCGAUGUCGGUCCGCUGGCGGACUUGGUGGGACGAAUUGAGGCAGGGGUCGGAUUCUUCGCUGAAGCUGCCGCCAUCUCUCGCGUCCGCGGCUUUAAUUGACGGUCCCAAGGUGUUCCGAUCCCCGCUUCCACCUGACGGCUUCUACCCAUCAAGGUAUCGUUUUCUUGAUCCUGUUCUUCUCGGGAUUGGGUUUUGCUGUUAAUGUUCUCGGAGCUUGAAAGAUCCUAUCUUUGAGUUGACGGACGAAUUUGAGAAUAAUUUCAACUAGAGUUUCCAUUACCAGAUACUGAGAGAUAGAAGGACAAAUGAGGUCACCGUCGCUUCUUGCGCAGUGCUUGCCGGCGUUGGUGCCUCGUGACAAGGCCAGUUUGAAGGCGGAUGUUUCCCUGGUCUCUGAAAGGGAUUUGCAUCUUCCCUCACCAGCCAUCGAGAUUCUUCCUUCCAAGAAUGCUCAUCCAUACAAGUAUGCUGGAGAAAAUGUUGAUCUGCAAGGUCUCAAAAUUUUUAAGGGAAGGGUUAGGUUGUCUGAUGUGAUUGGGUUUUCAAAUUCGGAGAUGGCUUCAUCCAAAUCUGAUGGAUCUCUGAAAUCUUGGGAGAGCUCAACCGAUCUUGUCAACAGUGUCAAGCUUGAGAUUCGUGAUGGGCUGCUGAGUUUUAGAGGCAAAAGGGUUUUAGAGCUUGGUUGCGGUUAUGGGAUAGCUGGGACUUUUGCUUGCCUCAAGGGUGCUUCUACAGUUCAUUUUCACGAUCUCAAUGCUGAAACCAUCAGAUGCACAACCAUACCCAAUGUCCUUGCAAAUAUUGAGCAGGCCAAGGACAAGCAGAGUCGCCAAUCAGAGAGUCCCCUUACUCCAUCUCGACAGCAUUUGACUUCUGAUGUCCACUUUUAUGCUGGGGACUGGGAGGAGCUUCCCAGUGUCCUAUCUGUGGUGAGGGUAGAUGGUUUCGAGUUGGCAAGUGGGGCUAGCCUUAGCCUCUCUGAGGAUGACUACAUUGAUGCAUGUAGCAGUCAGGAGGGAAGUGUGAUUGCUCAGGAAACUAGCUCCAGGCGGUCAAGGAAGCUCUCUGGAAGCCGUGCCUGGGAAAGGGCAAGUAAGACAGACCCAGGAGAUGGAGGCUAUGACGUCAUUUUGAUUACUGAGAUCCCUCAUUCAGUAACCUCCCUGAGGAAGCUAUAUGCCCUGAUGACAAAGUGUCUGCGACCACCAUAUGGAGUGUCGUAUUUGGCUGUGAAGAAAAAAUUUGUAGGUCCUAACGGUGUAGCGCGACAACUAAAAGCUAUGGUGCAUGAGGACAACAUUUUUAGUGUCCACAUGGUUUCCAGAACGUCAGAGAGGGAGAUCUGGAAAUUCUUUUUCAACUGAGCAUAUUUAACGUUGGAAUAUAUUGUUGUAGUUAUUAUCAUCUGAUUGGCAUUAAGCCACAAUGUACAUCUCAUGUCUGUUUAUUUAUUUAUUUAUUUAUUUUUGAAAAAACGUUCAGAAAUAUUGGACCUCUGAGCUUGCUCAAAGGCUGGAGUGCUACCAUUUUGUAGUUGAUACGUACACAAUGAUUCAUUCAUUCAUGAUCAAUAUAUACUUAAAGACUUCAUUUUGUGCA